AUGGGCAUUGACUCAACACUUCGGCUGCACUGGACUCAACGCAUAGCGCUCGUUAGACACAACCUCCAUGCAGCCCGUCGAGCGAACGACUUCACAUUCUUCAAAACGCUCCAGGCACACGCCGUCAUUGAUGGAACGGAUCACGUGGCAAUUCUCCACUCCGUCCUCGGGAACGAUGCCGAUUCAGUCCUUUCGACGCUCGACAACCUCAAUGCCGGGAUCGCCUACGUGCACCAAGAUGCCUUCAAGGCAGUCUACGAUGGCGCAAAGUCUACCAUGUACAAGGCCGACAACUCCCCUUCCAGUCGACGAUCCCUCCUACGAGUUGACAUCUGCCAGCAACGCGACAUGGCAGACCAUGCCAUCGACAAGACCGCCAAUUCUGCGGUGCAGCUCAUCCAUGCCCAGCCUGUCCACUGUCAGGAUGCCGUCGCCAACGCCUGGAUCACAGGAACGACCAUCAUUGCGGAUGCAGUCUGUGUCUGCUUGAAUCAGAUGGAAGCUAUCGAGGAUAAUCUUGAUGACUUCAUCCGUCUCGAAUACUCAUGGAACAGCAUCCAGAGUUCCGUGGAUGCUGCAAUCUCAGCCUUACGUGGAAUAUUCAGUCUCAUGGAACGUUCGAACCUAUCAACAAGCAAUUCAUCGCGCAAUCUUAGCAUCUCCUCAGCAGGCAGCGCGGAGACCGGUGGGAGCGGCUUCCGCAGCAGACAAUCAUCUACAGCAUCAGCUUUCGGGGGCUUGAUCAAGAGAGCCUUUACCCAUUCUCAAAACAUGGGCCCACCACCAGUAGCUGCUCCUAAACACGGUCGAACCAACUCGCUGUCUGUACCUGACGCAAACCCAAGGGGUUUACGACUUAGCAUCAGCGCUGCAUGUCCAACGAAGAUGUCCACGUACACAGAUCAUCCCCACACCUUUUUGACGACGAUUCCGCCUACACCUAUUGUACACGACGCACAUGACACGCCAAAGGGAACCGCGAACGCGAGUCCUUUCAGACCAAAGGGCGACUACUUCGCGUUCGACAUGGAGAAAGAAGCCGACAAAAAAAGCAAAGAAAGCUCACCUUCUCCUAGUGACCUGAUGCAGAUGUAA